AGGGGGCGGCUGCCGCGCAGGCUCAGGCCGCAGCUCGCCCCAGCCUAGCGUCCCGCGCAGCUCGGUGCGGCAUGGCUCUGCGGCUGCUGCUGCUGCUGGGCCGAGCAACCAGGCCAUGUCUGCUGUGCAGCUCUGUGAGGAGAACUAGUUCUAAUGUGGAAGGAAAGUCUGAACCUAUACAGAAAUCCCCUAAAAAAUCAAAAUUACCAGUAGGUCGUCUUGAUGAACCAGAGGAGUCCAAUAGAGAGAGAGAACCACUGGAAAAAUUUCCAGAUGACAUCAAUCCUGCUACAAAGGAAAAGGGUGGACCCAAAGGCCCUGAACCUACUCGUUAUGGAGAUUGGGAGAGAAAAGGACGUUGUAUAGAUUUUUAAUGCACAAAUGUAUCUAUAUUGCUAAUAGUAUGUUUGAUACUUGUUUCAAGAAUUUACUGUAGAUAGAGAAAUUUCACCUAAUUGUUCCUUUUAAUUCAUAAAUGGAGCUUCUUUUUUCCAACAUGUAUUUGAGGAAUAUCCUCAGAGAUGUUUUCUGCAAAUAAACAUUGUUAGUCAAUAUUAA